AAACACAUAAUGCACUUGAUUUUAUAAAUUGUUACGGGGGUGAGGAGACCGUUGGCUAACAACAGCAAUGACUGAAGAGAAAAGGUUUAGCUUGCGCGUGCGUUGGUAUUACACGUGGAACCAGGUUAGUCGUGAGCGGCAAGUGUGGUGCCUUUGAAGAUGGCUUCUAAAGAAGACAAUAAUAGUUCAGAAAAUGCCAAGAAAGGUUUACGAGAGAGAGAACAAGGCAAGGGAAUAGCUUUAGCCUGUGCCUUUUCUGAUCAUGCUGUUAAGAAGAGUGCAACUCAGAAAGCCCAAGAAGACCUAAUCAAGAAUUGGGGCCAAUUUUCCAGUAAUCCCGUUGGUCUUCUGAAUGAGUACUCUCAGCGUAUUGGCCAAAGGCUUCUCUUUAUAGAGACAGAUAGUGGAGGGCAAUUUUUGACAUUUUCCAUAUGUGCAUUAAUUGGAGAGGAAAGAUUUGGAGAGGCAACUGGAAAUAGCAGAAAGGAGGCAAAAAGUGCUGCUGCAAAGACAGCACUUUUGGAGCUGAAAAAGCAUGUGAAACCUCAGGAAGGAGAAGCUUCUGACAUUGAAACCAAACCAGAGUCCAGCAAACCUGCUGCUGAACUGCUGCCUUCAUUAGAAUGUGCAGUUAGCCAUCAAGAUCGUUGUGCUGCAGUCUGCUCGGAUGUUUUUGAUAGGCUGGUGGUCUCUGUACCAAAGUAUAAGAGCUGCAAAAGCAGCCUAGCUGCUUUUAUUCUAGAGCGAGAGUAUACCUGUUGCUAUGGUACCAAAACUGAGCGAUAUGAGGUGGUGGCGCUUGGAACUGGUGAGACCUCUUAUUCUGGAUAUGUGGUGUUUAAUGGACGGGUGAUCCAUGAUUCUAAUGCAGUGGUUGGGGCCAGACGAAGCUUGCUUAGAUACCUUUAUAAACAGCUGCUGAUGUUUUACAGUGGUGAGGCAGAGCUUGCAGAAAUGUCAAUCUUCUGUACUUCUGAAAACAGCAAGAGAUUGUCUCUUAAACAAGGAAUCUUCCUCCAUCUUUACCUUGCCAAAAUUCCCAGAGGAGCUGCAGAGUGUGCACCAUCCUUAAAUAAUUCAGGGAAAGAUAAAAUUAUUGAAGAGGCCAGACAAUUCAAUGGAGAGGGUAGAACUGCACUUUGGCUUCAUAUUCAUGCAAAAGAUGAUUUAAUCCCUACUGUUUAUUGUCCUGCCAGUGUGUUGGGUGCUCGAGUCUGUUGUAUGUCUGGUAGUGACAAAUUAAUGCGAUGGACAGUCCUGGGUGUCCAGGGAGCGCUUCUAAGCCUUCUGAUUAAUCCAUUGUACAUCGUCAGCAUCGUUCUUGGGGAUGAUUUGCAUGACACAGAGGCAUUAAAGGCUGCUGUUGUACAGCGUGUGAAUGACAGUUUAAAAAAGUCUGUGCCAGAAGAGUACAAAACAAAAGAGGUUCAUUUUUUUCGAGGGCCACCUGUCUGUUCACUUGACUUGGAUCCAGACUGCAAAACAAUCAGCUUGAACUGGUGCCUGGGUGAUUCACUGGAAAUUGUGAAUGCUGCCGAAGGAAAACUGAUAAACACAUCAUCACAAAAUGGUACAUCGAAUGCAAGCAGACUGUGCAAAGCUGCAAUGUUUAGUUACUUCCGAAAAGUUGCAGAGAAAAUAGGAAAGCAGGAUCUGUUGAAUGCUGAAACGUAUUCUGAGCUUAAGAAGAGAGCUGUAACGUAUCAGCAUGUCAAGAAGAAACUGAUUGAUGACCUCUAUGAAUUUGGUAAAUGGCCAGAAAAGGUAGUUUCUGAUUUAUUCAGGAAAUGAAUCUGAUGUUAAGCAAUUUUCCACUCCUGUACACUGCGUCAAACAGAAAACUGGAAAGGUGCCUGAGUCCAGAUAAACCAGAAAUACAGAGCAGAACAUUUCUUGUUGUUUUGAUGUAUUAUCACAUUAUGUUAAGCUAGGAACAUAUAUUGUUUGUGGCCAAGUUUAGUUUUUCCUGUGAAAGAUGUAGAAGCAUACAGAAUACUGUUUAUAUGUAGUAUAUUUUUUGUACAGCAAUUUCUUUGAUUAGUAGUAGGGACAGAGCAUGUUUCUGCAGUAGCUUUAUCAGUUGCUACACUUGUUAGAACUGAAGCAGACUGUAUUUAUUUUUAAG